UGUAGUCGGUGAUGCGCAUUAUUCAGCCAUAUGGCUAUAUUUCGACAUCAAAAUUAGUAGUAAAACUAUAAUGGUGGGAUAGUAUCGACACACAAAAAGCACAUGCAUAAUACAGUCAGCUUGAUUCAUUCAAUAUUUCCUCUGUAAUCGUAAUGUGAUUUGCCCGUCUGGUUUAUGCAACUUGGUACAUAAUUUUGCAAACGUUUAGUUAACCUUGCAGAAAUGAACCUGAUGCUUAUUGGUUUUCUUUGCGAGACAGUGAGAGAAAGCAUGAAAAAUCGCUCAAUUUAGGUGACGACCCCGACACUCAAAAAUACUCAGAUAACGCAAUUACGACCAUUACAGAUAGGUACCCGCAUGGCUCAGUAAUUAGUUAGUUUUUCAUACGAUUCGGAUGUAUUUCAUUUCUGAAUGUCGUUGGGAACACUGCGACAUUUAUUCUUCAUCGCAUCGUAGAUCAUUUCUACUUCCUGUCACAAUUAUGGAACGCAUAAAGGGUAAGCUUUCUACCCACUUAGGAAUUGGGAAAAAGUCAGCGGUGGGAGCAGGAAGUGCCCGCAUUGUUGAAGAAGGGUACGACGUCUGCACUUUGGCGAACAAGGAAAAUUGCUAUGAUCCCGACUCAAUUCGACAAGCCUUCAAACCGUUGGCCAUGUUUGCAAAAGUCUUUGGAUUAUUCCCACGCUACGACUUGUCCUUUGUUCCACUAAAACAGAGUAGCAGCAUGAAUAUACUACACAUACUUGACUAUUGCUACUCUGGAAUGAUUAUGUCGGUAAUGGCUGGAGGUGGAGUGAUGUGCACUAUUAAACCCCCGUCUGCAUUAGCAAGGCUUGCUAGCGAUGGGGACACUGACACAACAGACUUUUACGUCAGCAUAGCAGUCGUGUAUAUCAUCAUGGCUCAUGGAAUCAUGGCCUUGUUAACUUUCCCAACUGCAAAUGCAGCUCUGCUGGCCUUGAUUGACCAUUUUACUCAUUUGGACAAAAUAUUGAGAUUCGAUGGACGCAGCGACGAGCGGUCGGUUACUUUUACUGGGAUUUUCUAGGCAAAUACAUAAUAUGCAUGACCAUUUUCUUAAUUAAGGAGGUUUGCCUGGAAGAUGCUUGCUUGGUUGGUCAUAAUUUUCCUUGGGACACUUGGCGCAUACAUCGGAUUCUAUAUUUUGGAACCCAGUGGAGCAGGACUACGUGUUUGCUACACGGAUAUUAUCAUGGCACCGAUUAUCACCUUGGCUGGCACGACGCUUCUCAUCCCAACGGCCAUUUUGAUAUUCUUUUUGCAUGCUCUACGAAUCCGACUCUUUCACUUCAACAAGUUUAUGGAAACCAAGUUGGAGGCAGUGACUCCGUCGUACAGUGCGUGCAGCGGUUACUGGGAUUACGGGAAAGAAAUAGAAAAUAACGAGAAAAGCCCUCAAAUUGAUUUUGGGGGUGCAGAAUUGUCUUUACAUUUGGAAAAAUUACGGCUCCUUUACACGGAAAUGGGUGCUCUCUCCUGUGAAAUUAGUCAGCUUUUUGGUUCUCACUUGGCUCGUGAUUAUCUAUUUUCAACCGUUGGAAUAAUUUUGUAUACUUACAUCAUCCUCUACGUGGAUUAUAAUAAUUCAGUUUCCAACUAUGCUAUUGUCACUAUUCUUGAGGGAUUUCUUCUGUUAAAGCUGUUUAUGAUGUCUUUGUUCGCACAAAGAAUUCACUGUUUCGUGUUUCAAGCCAAAAGAAUGCUCAACAGAGUGUCCAUCGCGAGAGUGUCGCCAGAGUGUGGGAUGCAAAUUCAAAUGUUUCUGAAUGCACUGGACAGCUCUGCCGUCCGAGUAUCUGCCGCUGGAUACUUUACAAUCGAUCGAGGUCUUCUUACAUCUUUAUUGGGAGCAAUCACAACCUACUUCAUCAUUCUGAUACAGUUCAAAGUUGGAGAUGUCAAGCAAGAGUUGCUCUCUCUGACGAAGUCUUGCAUACUUUCAAACGAAACAAUUGUCAACGGAUUAAAGGAUCCCAUUUUCCCAAUGCCAAGAUUUGGAUAACUACGAAUUAUAAUUAAACAUGUGCAUUUAAUUCGUCAUUAUAAAUAUGUUCUGGUCCGAAUAGUAUUUUAACAAAUUUGCAGCAUUAAA